AUUCCAAUGGAUCGUUCACUCUGCCUGCGGAGUUAGCAGCCCGUUAGAUUACAGCCAACAUAUUAUGAAUUUGAUAUGAAAAAGUAUUUGCUUCUUAAAUGUGGUAUGUGUCCAUGUUUUCAAGUCGUGUAGCCAUAAUCAUUGAAACGGAAACCACGGCGCCUCCCACUUGGCGCAUAAAAACGCCUAUUUCUUGCAUCUCAGAGAUAGAGUUUAACGUUACUAACGUUCGCUUACAUGCCUAUGCUAUUCUGCUUCGGAUUGCCACAUUUGUUAACUACAUUGCUGGGUAACAUGCGCAGGACUGAGAUGAGAGAGCGACGGAGCAUAUGAAGAUGUCCCUAAAGACUGCUAAACCAUGGUGCUUUAGACUGAUCGCUAUUGUUCUGUUCUUCGUCUCCUACUACUGCUCCCAUGUCUUCCUCCAGAGCUAUGGAGGCACCAGCAAGUCUCCUCCAACUCCGAGCAAGUCACUGUGUGGUGGCUGGCUAAAGCAGAAGUGGGAGAGCCUCAAUUUUAACAUUAGCAGACAAACACAGCUCUUCUUCAAACUGGAUGAUUUCUUCUGGCGACAUAAUCAGUCCACUCUUGCAUUACCCUACGGUAUUAAAGGCAGUGAGUUGCUGCUGCUGAAGGUUUUAGCCAUUAUUGCCAAUUACAAAAUGCCGGCCAGCAUUGAUAGUCUAGACUGCAGAACGUGUGCAGUCAUAGGAAAUGGGUUUGCCAUUAAAAACAGCUCCUUGGGCGGCAUCAUCAACGAGUAUGACGUGGUGAUCCGGUUAAAUGACGCCCCCGUCAGAGGUUAUGAGGACGACGUGGGGAACAAGACCACUAUGCGUCUCUUCUACCCUGAGUCGGCCUCCUACAACCCCAGCAUGCACAAUGACCCCGACACCCUCAUGGUCCUAGUGCCUUUCAAACAGCAGGACCUCCGCUGGCUCAAGGAGAUCCUGUACGACGAGAAGAGGGUGAGGAAGGGUUUCUGGAAGCCCCCUCCACAGAUCUGGCUAGGCAGUACCAGUCGCAUCCGGGUGCUGGACCCUCACUUCCUGCAUGGGACGGCCAGCAGUCUGCUACAAAUCCCCCUUCACCCAAAGAGAAAACAGAAACCAGUACACCCCACCACAGGGAUCCUAGCCGUGUUUGUGGCACUCAACUACUGUGACGUGGUGCACAUAGCUGGGUUUGGAUAUCCAGCAUCCAAAAACCAGAAGUAUCCUAUACACUACUAUGGAUAUGACACUAUGAAAUCCAUGAAGGAUUCCUACCACGACCUUACCCAUGAAGCAGAAGCCUUAAAAAAACUAGAGGAUUCGGGGGCUAUCAUGUACUUACACCCUCACUCCUGACACACAUACUGUACACACAUGGGCACGGUCCAGAAACAGCCCCUAUCCCUUACCUCCUAGGAACUUAAUCAAAAUCUGAAAGGAAUUUUCACUGCACUGCUAAUACCUAUACAUUUUCCUUUAGAUCUACACACAAGCCUAGGUGGUAGAGGCUAGCGGGUGUUUUUGGACUGGGUUACACGCAGAUGCCAGUUGUGAACUUGAAUCCUCUCUGCUGGCAAUACGGUCCAUACAGUCCAAACAUCAUAAUCACACAUUGUGCCAGUCUUAAUUCACCUCACUCUUAUUGAAAAUAAAUACAUAUUUUCAGAAAAAUAUAUAUAUUUAAUAAUAAUUCUUCUGAGUUCUGAUUUUUAUUUUUUUUAUUUUAAUUAACUUUUAAAAAAUUGUCUCAAAUGUUACCACUGGAUAUUUUAUUGUAUGUAAUUCAUUUUUAUUAAAAUGAAAUCUAAAUGGAAA